UUCCAACCAAUUAAUGCUGCCUUAAUUGAGUCCAAUUACUCAUUCAGCCAUAUGCGUUUAACUGCAUCGAAGCACCGAAUAUAAGAAAAUUUUUAUUUAGACAAUGCGGGUCACCAUAGACGUCGGGUCACCAUUGUGCACAAACCUGCAUCCCUAAUUCAGCAAAUAAUUUAACUAAUUAUAUAAUCAAGAUCUGAGGCUGGAAUGAAAACCUGCAUACACACGGCCCUCCAUGGCACGAGUUUGACACCACUGGUUUAAGCUGUGAAUUGGGUCUGAAUUAGUUGCUGAUGGUAAGGCGAAAACAACCUAGCGGACUACGGACCUCUUUGGUUAGGGUUGAAAACUACUGCAAGUGAAUGACAAUCAUGUAAGGUGCUGCUUAGACUUGAGUAAAGAUAUCGAUAAACUAACUACUAGAAUUGACUUGGCUUAAUGAUAAAACCCUCCUCACCUGUGCUGGUCGCGUGUGGGUAGAUUUUUUUAACUUCAUGUUUCAAGUUAACGGCCACAUCUCAGCGCUCGCCUAAUAGACUACCCCACAAGAUAAAUUCGGGACUUUAAUUUGAGAAACGUUGUGGCUUCAGAGGCUAAAAAUGUGUUUUUAAUGAAAAACUGCAAAUCCCCGUCAGUGGAUUUUCGUCAAGACGAAAGUCCGCGGUCUUCUUAUUGUUGCAAAUGACCAAAAUAAAAACACGAACUCCUACAACGGAGCGCUAGCCCUCGGAACAAUGGAUGCAAACCGAUGAAGGCAGGAAGCCAAAGGUUGCUUCCAGCUAUGUAAGGUGUUCCGGCCGCAGGACAUGGAGAUAGAGCAGUGCCUGCUGGACUCCCUCCCGCUGGGCCAGCGGCAGCGGCUGGUGAGGCGCAUGCGCUGCGAUCAGAUCCGGGCGUACUACCAGCGCGAGCAGGCCCUGCUCAGGCCCCGCCCCAAACGCGGGGGGGAACGCAAGGUCCGGUUCGGCCUGGCGGACGCUCUGCAGGACGCCAUCGCGCGCCACGACGACCGGGAAGUACUGAGUCUGCUGAGGGAGGGAGCUGACUGCAAUACACACACCCCCUCUGGAGGAUCACUGCCCAAUACGCGCACCCCCUCUGGAGGAUCCCUGCUGCAUCUGUGUGCUCACCAUGACAACAGCUUUGCUGCGGAGCUGCUGAUUGGCUGUGGGCUGGACGUGGACCUGCAGGAUGAGGACCAGUGGACCGCGCUGCACGUAGCGAGUGCCUGCGACCACUCUGACACCGCCCUGCUGCUGCUGCUGGGCGGGGCCAACGCGCUGCUGCAGGACGUUAACGGGAACAUUCCGCUGGAUUACGCCCCGGACGGGUCCGAAACCAGGCUCAUUCUGCAGACGCACCUGGAGGAGAAAGGUGUCGACUGGGCUGCUCUGCGCUGUGUGAAGAUGCAGAGGCCUGCCGUCAUGCUCUCUGACGUCCAGCAGCUGGUGGCGACCGAGGGGAGUGUGAACCAGAGCAACGACGACGGGGUCACUCUGCUGCAUAUAGCCUGUGCCAGCGGCUACAGGGACGUGGUCUCCCUGCUGCUGCAGAGUGGUGCUGACCCACAGCUGGCUGACGGUAGCUACUGGACCCCUUUACACCUGGCUGCUAAAUACGGACAGAGCGACAUCGUUGGCCAGCUUCUGGAUCAACAUGCUAACCCCACCCUCCUAAACUGCAACCUGGACAGACCCUCAGGUGUCGCUGCCACCGCUAACAUCGCCAAAAUUCUCCAGAGGGCGGAAGAGAGCUGGGAACUGAGGCUGACGGACCCCUCCGCCCCAAUGCUGACGUCACAUCAGCUCUGCAAAGAGAUUUCCCAUGAUGCCCCAGUGCCCGCAAAACUCAGUCUCCCCCUUGCCAUCCCCAUCUCCAAACGGGACAGCCUCCUGGAGAGGGACACCAUGUUUCGGGACUUUUCCGGCAGUGUGACCCGUGGCCCCUCCCAUGAGAACGGCGUCGACAGCCACCUGACCUCACGCGGCGGCAAACCGGAACAGGUCAGGCUCAUGCCCCCGGCCCCCAGCGAUGACCUGGCCUCCCUCAGCGAGCUGACCGACAGCAGCCUUCUCUACGAGAUGCAGAAGCGCUUCGGAAACGACCAGAUCUACACUUACAUUGGCCAUAUUCUUCUGCUGGUGAAUCCCAACAAGGAAUUGCCUAUUUAUUCCACACUGGUGAGUCAGUUGUACCUGAGCUCCACUGGGCGUCUCUGCUCCUCCCUCCCUCCGCACGUCUUCUCCUCGGCUGAGAGGGCGUAUCACAUGAUGCUGCAGGAGCGCCGGCCGCAGUGCUUCAUUCUCAGUGGGGAGAGCGGCUCGGGGAAGACCGAGGCCUGUAAGCACAUAGUGAAGCACCUGCUGGCUCGGUCCAGCCAUAAGAGCUUCCCCCUGGAGCUCCGUAUGAAGCAUGUCAACUGCAUCCUGGAAGCAUUUGGCCAUGCAAGGACCGAAAUGAACGACAACUCCAGUCGUUUCAUAAAGUUCCUGUCUCUGCAGUUCUGUGAGAAGAAGAGAACUUUAGCUGGAGCAAGGGUGUAUACCUAUGUCCUAGAGAAGUCACGUGUCACCUCCACACAAAAUCAACAGAACUUCAAAGUGUUCUACCUGAUGACUGAGGGUAUGUCGUCAGAGGAGAAAAGUGGAAUGCACCUGAACAGUGUGCUGACACACAGGUACCUGAGUGGGGGUGACGUGGGAGGGACCAGCAGCACCCAGAGCAGAGAGACCAGCAGCACCCAGAGCAGAGAGACCAGCAGCACUCAGAGCAGAGACCAGCUGACUGCACUGAGACAAGCUCUACGAGCACUGGGCUUCAGCAAUAUGGAAGUGGAGAACCUGUUUGUGAUUCUGUCGGCGAUCGUUCUCCUGGGAGAUCUGCGCUUCGCGCCGGCGGGCGAGCACGAGACAGCCAGCGUGUCGGACCCGCGUCUGCUGGAGAACGUGUCAGAGUUGCUGCAGGUAGUCCCGGAGGACUUGUGGUCCGCCCUGACGUCUGACGUCCGGUACUCCACAGGUGACGUUGUCACGAGGCGGCACGCGGCAGACGCGUCGAGUCUCUGCAGGGAUCUGCUGGCAAAGUCCCUGUACGGCCGCGUCUUCAGCUACCUGGUGAACCACAUCAACUGCUACCUGCAGCAAGAGGAGGCGGGGCUUGGGGAUCCGGAACUUGAGAUCGGAAUCCUGGACAUCUUUGGAUUCGAGGAAAUCCGGAGAAAUGGCUUUGAGCAGCUCUGCGUGAACAUGAGCAGCGAGAGGCUCAGGCAGCACGUCACCGAGGUGCUGUUUCUGCAGGAGCAGGCCGAGAGCCUGCGGGAGGGGGUCGCUAUGGAAACGCUGCACUCUCCAGGCAACCAGCCCGCGGUGCUGGACUUCAUUUUCCAGGAACCUCAGGGUCUUCUCUUGGUUUUGGAUGAGGAGAGCCAGGCUCAGCAACCCAAUGAACAAAACCUGUACAAGAAGAUUCAGGCUCAGCUGGAUGCAGCUAAUGGCAACAGCAUCAAUGCCAUCUCCCUGACAACCAAGGAUGGCAACGGCAACCCCCCGCCUCAGGACCAGGGCCCAUCCUUCACAGUCAGGCACUACGCGGGCAAAGUAACCUAUGAUCUCACCGGCUCAUUGGAGAGAAACAAGGACGCUCUGCCUCAAAACCUCCUCUUUCUCAUGAAAUCCAGCGAGAAUGUGCUCGUCCAUCAAGUGUUCCGGUCCAAACUGACCCGGACCGGAUCGCUGGUCCCGUCGCGACACCACCUCAGGCCCCGGGGGUCCUCCGCAGCUCCCAAACCCACCCCUCUCCUCCCCUCCGUGGGCCAGGACCCAAAGAACAUUCUGAAUCUGAGGAGGGUCUUGCGGAAGGAGGGAGGCUCGUCCCUCCUGCAGGGGCAGGAGCGCUACGGACCUGCGACCGUGGCGGUCCAGCUCAGGAACUCUCUCUCCGAGAUCAGCGCCAAGCUGCGGGCCGGCGCGCCUCACUUCGUCCAGUGCGUCAAACCCAACGGCGCCCGGCGGCCCGAGUCCUUCGACCGGUCCCACGUCUCCGCCCAGCUGCAGUACGUGGGGGUCCUGGAGAUGGUGAGGAUGAUCCGGUACGGGUAUCCGGUCCGGCUGCCAUUCGCUGGGUUCCUGGCCCGAUACAGGGAGCUGGUGGAAACCACGCUGGGUGACCAGAGCAACCUGCCUCCUGAGGAGAAGUGUCAGCUCAUCCUACAGAAAUGCCAGCUCCAGGGAUGGCAGAUGGGCGGGACUAAGGUGUUUCUGAGGUACUGGCAGGCUGACCAUCUCAGUGACCGUUGCCAUCAGUUACACCGGAGGAUUGUCUUUUGCCAGAAAGUGGUUAGGGGCUGGCUGGUGAGAAGGAUGAGCGAUUCCCAGCGGGAGGCCUGCAGUAUCCAGCGUUUCCUGCAGGGGGCAGAAGACCAGGGACUGCAGGCCUACGACAGUCUGGUCAUCCAGAACGCCUCAGACAUCGCCCGCGAGAACGACCGUGUCCGCAACGCGCUGAACGGCUCCCACGCCGCAGAGAGGCCGGAGCCGCUGGGCAAGGAGGAGGAGCCACUCAGCCGGGCCUCGGAGUCGAGCGGAAGGGCCCAGGACGGCGUCGCCGGGGGGGGCCGGCUGAUCAGGCAUUACCGCAGCAGCUCCGGGCCCCUCCCCCUCGCCCUGGAGAACUUGGUACAGUCCGCCGCUGCAUCGUCAGUCAAGACGGCCUCCCGAGAGCCGGCCAGCGAGGACGGGGGAGGCGGCGGCAGCAGCAGCCUGCCAUCGCCGCGGAAACAGCCCCCCCCAAAACCCAAGAGGGACCCCAGCACCAGGCUGAGCGCCUCGUACGAGGCCGUCAGUGCCUGCCUGGCCCUGGGCCUCAAAGAGACCCCCAUGGACGAGCUUUCCAAGCCUCGGCCGCACAGCGACGACUACACCGCCAGGAAGGUCCCGCCCCCGAAACCAAUACGCAGCCCCAACACCAAGCUGACGGGCUCAUUCGAGGAGAUCUGCCCCCCGCGCCCCACCGAGAUCAAGCUGUCCUGCGUCUCCAAGGGGGGGCCCGGCUCGGGGCCCCACAGCGGCGUGUUCAGCCUCUACCGCCCCCCGGAGGAGGACGAGGUGUACAUCGAGAUGGCGGCAAGCUCCAAGACCGCCACCGCCCCCGCCGCCACCGCCGAGCCGGGUGAGGCCGUCUACGAGGAAAUGAAGUAUUUCCCACCGGAGGCCGUAGCCGUGGUGACGAAGGCGGCUCUGGCAAAUCGCGUGGCGUUCUCUCCUCCCCAGACUCUGGAGAUCAGGAAGCCGUCGGAGUACCUUCCUGUCCCGGGCGCUCGAGAGAUCCCGCCCCCCUUCCCCAACCUGCUGCCCCACCGGCCCCCCCUGCUGGUGUUCCCCCCGUCCCCCCCGGCCCGCUCCCCCACCUCGGACGAGUCCCCCCUCACCCCUCUGGAGGUGAAGAAGCUGCCGGUUCUGGACACCAGCCUGAGCUACCCGGCGCAGAGUGAGGGCAGCAGCCCGAUCUCGCCCCAGUACGCCCGUCAGAGGGCCGACUCCUCCCCCAGCCUGUUCGCGUUCAUGCCAGACAAAUCCACCCCGCCCCUCACCCCUCCCCCAUCUCAGGCCCCGCCCCCUUACCGACCCCCCUCCCACUUCUCCUUCCCCCCCGAGGGGCCGUUGUUGACCCGCGGGGGGUCCCUGUCCUCUGACUCCCCCAGACUGUCCCAGAGGGGCCACCAGGGUCCGGAGGAGCCCCCCCUGGGUCCCGGCAGGCCCCCGUUCUCCCCCGUGAAGACGGGGCGUCCCGAACCCCGACGGGCGCACUCCUGCUCCUCCUCCCCGCUGCUCUUUAACCCCGCCUCCUCCCGCCCCCUCACCAGCCCGCUGGACGAGCUCACCACCCUGUUCAGCGCCGGCCGCACCCUCCUGCGCAAGUCGCCCGCCGGCAGGAAGAUCCGCGAGUCGGGGUUCAACUCCAACAUCAACCUGUCGGGACGGGAUGAAUCUGGCAUGACCUCUCCCUCCCCCCAGCUCCAGGACAAGAAUGCGAACAACCACGCCGCCCCCCACCACCACCACCCGCACCUCCACUGCCCCCUGCUUCCUGAGAAUGGCAACCAGCUCUCCAACGGCUCGCUGGAAGAUGAGGGUCAUCCCAGGUUGAAUGUCUCUGCGACUUCUUCCCUCCACAGACACCUGGAUAGCCAUCACAGCCAGGUGACGCCGCAGAUGAGGCUGUCGCAGAAGAGCGCCGCCCUGCAGGAGCUGCUGGAGUGGCGCAGGACUGACUGGCAGCGCCUGCUCCACGCCGUGGAGCGUGAGCCUGGCUCCACCCCUCCCCCGCUCUGCAAGAACAGCUCCGGCUUCCCGUAACGGUCCCUCUUUCAGCCAAUCAACAUUCACCUGCUGGUGCUCUGCCCUCUCUCUCUCUCCUCUCUCUCUCACCCACCUGACUCUUACUCCUCUAUUUCUUUCCCCCCCUCCCUCUUCUCUCUCCCUUUCCCUCAUUUGCCUCUCCCCCCUCUCUCCCUCUUUCUCUCUCCUCUUCUGUCCUCUCUUUCUCUCUCUCCCUCCCUCCCUCUCUCUGUCUCUGACUCCAAGCCAAAUACUGUGAGAGGCGCAGGUGGUGUCUGACCCCGGUGUAGAAUGAGCGGCUGAAUCACGGUCUGCGGUGUGUCUGUCCUUUUUCACACGUUCCCCUGCAUCAUGGAGACUGAUCCACGGGCGCUGGGGUCCUGUGGCUUUUCAAAAAGACUUCAUCUUUCUCUGCAGACAACACUCUCACACACUCUAUUGGUGCUGAAUGCAUUUAAUGGGCAUUUCUGACGUCUCUGAAGUUUACAGACAGCCAUUUGUGAUGAGCUCAGGAGCUUCUCGAAUCGUGAGACAGAGGUACAGCUUCAGGGAAGGCCAGCGACUCCACAAGCUCUCAGCUGGAGACUAGAGACCAGCCUUGGCCUUGGCCCACAGACAGUCGCACGCGCAAUGCACACCUGCACACACACACCCAGACAUGCCCACACACACACACACGCGCGCACACACACACACACACAUGCCCACACACGCACACACACUCACUCACAGAUGGACAGUGCGCUUCAGUGCGAUGAGUGUAAACCAACAAGAGGGAGGCUUCAUACACUCUGAGUUGGGAUGGAGUCAUCAGAAGAACCCAAACGUAUUAGAGCCCUGUAUAAAAGUAUGUCUAUGUCCCCAUGGUUUUCCACGGUCUCCUCAGAAAGGGGAUUGAGGCUCUUCUCAGUCCGCACCCUAAAGCACCGUAGCGAAGCUACUGGUGUUAAACCAACUCUCACGGUAUCCAGUAGGGACGGUAUCUACUGUAUUAGAGUAUUCUGUCAGAGUCGAUUCUACUCUGAGGUUUUUGCAGUGCACGUUAAGCCGGCUCUGUUACGUCCACUCUGAUCCAGAGUCGCUCUUGGGAGAUGUAAGGUGCCAAGCGCCUCCCCAAAUUCAGGAGUGAUAUCGCAGGAGGUCUGCCAAUGACUGCUCCUCUUGGAACUGAAGUCAGCCAUGGGAGUUUUUUUUUUUUUUUUUAAUCCUGUGAAUAUAAUUUUAAUGUGGAAAACGAUAUAAUCCAUAGAUAUGCGUCAUGUUAAGCCCUUCUAGGGUUCACGAUGGAUAUAUUUAUGUGGAAAUGAUGUUAGCUAAGAAAAGCCCCCCCCAGUAGCACAAGCGUGGGUAAAGCACACUGUUAGAAACUGUGCUGUGUAGGUUUGAUCAGCCUUGGAUGCAUUUACUCAAACACAAGCCUGUAUGCAGCACAACGUGCUCCUGUUCCAAUCGAAGGGGGGGGUCAAGCUGUGGUCCUGAGGGUCCUCCUAUCUGCACAUAUUCCUUUCUGACUUUUGUAUUUGCAGGUUUUUGUCGAUUCCACUCAGUCAGCAGCCAAUUUAAGCCUUGAGAACAGGGUGUGCAGAUUCCUUUACCCGAUCCAUGACUUAAAUUUAAGCACUUGAGGGCAAGAGCACGAAGGAAAACCAGCGGAUGCAGUGGUCCUCCGGAAUCUGAGUUUUACGCCCCUGCGGUACGAUAAUCCUCUCGCUCGUACAAGGGUAACUCGGAAUCAGGCCCCAGCUUAGAGAAGAAAGUCCAUCAGACGCUUCACCUCUGUCUCUGAAGCUUUCGAUGGACUGCAGUGGCUUAACCGGUGAUCCCUGAUUGGCCACUGAUUUGGUCUCUGAUAGGCUGCUGCAGGCUAGGCAAUGGUCUCUGAUUAGUCACAGCAGCGUAAGCAUACCUUCGAGAAGGGUCAUGCACAGAUGUGAGCCACAGAUUCCUUAGACUCACCAGAUGCUCGGUUCCAUAUUCUCGGCAGAAAAAGAUCCAUCUCAUUCCAAUUUGGCUGCGUCUCCUGACGAUUCUUUAAGAGGCGUGACCAAGGACCAAUAGUCUUGCAUGCUCUGUUCUGUUAAAUAGGACAGGAAUAUCCUGUAGUUAGGAAGCAGCAUCUGAUUAGUUAUACCAGCAUCUGGUAUGUCUAUAUAAUCUCUGGUAGAACUUAAGGUUAAAAUAUUCCAUCCAAUCACGAAGAGAGAGGCUGGACGGACUUUCUGAUGCACCUCAAAGCAACAUCACCUUGAACUGUAGAUCUCUCUCCAUGACAUUUGUCUUAUUAAUUCUGGCAAAUGCAAAAUAAAUUUUUUUUAAAUCGUGCACCCAGAAAUACAACACAUGCCAAUGUACACAUGUACGUACAUGCGAUAGAAAUCCUUGGUUCUUGUUUACAAGCGGAGUGCGUGAACAGGUUUAAUCCCAAACCACGUGGAUGCGUAUUUUCAUGGUGCUAAGGUGCGUGAUUUUGCGUGGAAGUUGCGUGGAAACAUUCCCAAAUUUAGGCACAGUCUGGACCGUGCACAUCUGUAUGCUUCUGAUUCGGUUGCCAUUUUGCUGGUCAGAGGGGUGGCCCUGCCGCCUUUUGACACACACAAUGUUGUGCGCGGUUGAAAAAUCCUUUUCAUUUGACUUUUUCCCAGUGAGCUGAAUUGUAUAUGGGCUCUUUGUGCCAAGAGGGGAAAACCUUAGGCUGUACGUAUACAUUCCAGUGAUAGAUGUCAGACCAUGAGCAGGCUGGGCUAUUUGAAGCCUUGGGUUUCAUAUAAGCCCAAAAUGACUAUUUCCAUGCCAGCUGUUAAAAGUGGAAAACAGUUUGUAUAUGUCAAUAGAUUUAGAGUUAUGGUUUUUCUAAACAUUUGGAUUACGUUAACUUCCCAGCUUUGGAAAGAGAGUGAUAUGUUGUCACUCGGGAAAGAUAACUGACAGCACAGAUCUCCCAGUUUUUCUCUCUUGUGAUGGUGGGUUUCUUGCCUCCAAUAAUUUUUAUUUCUGAAAGUGUCUGGCUGUCCGAUAUGAAAUGAAAGUAUAAGUGGGCUUAUGACACUGCCAAAACAUUUAAAGAAAGCUUUUGUUUUUUUAAAAACCCUGGGCAUUAUUAUUUACAUUCACUUACAAAUUCAGCAAAGAUUUCAUGGUGUCAGGUGGAUUCUAUCGUUAUGUGCUACAUGCAUACAUUCCCCAUUUAAAGCUAACCUUUAGUGUUUUCUAGGCAAUAUUCAAGUAGUGUUAACAAGCACAGUUUUGAAGUAUUAUACUAUUUCCGGUUAGUACAAUGUAUUAAGAUAGAAACAAUAGUAGGGAAUAUCACUGUGAAUCCAUACAUGUGAAAACAUUCCACACCCUGUGCAUGAGAUCAAAUUUUUACACUCUUAACUCCUCACACCAUUGGUUAAUGAGGCCCCCUCCCCCAUGUGCUGUGACCGUAUGAGCACGAAUCGUGUCGGAUCUCCUGUAGAUCUCAGCGAACAUGAGUACGAAUCGUCUCAGAUUCCCAGUACAGUCAGUCCUUUAUUUCUCACCUGUGUGUGCAUGGUCAUGUCUGUGAUGCUCUCAUUCCUACGGGUGCUAAAUAUUUUCACCCGGGUGAAAUUGGCAGACCUGUCUUGCCGCACUCAGAUUGCGGCCGAAAUGCUGGCCCAAGGUUCAGAGACGCUGUAUGAAUUCUCUCAAUACAAGGUCACUGCGAUCAUACGCCAUACCCCACGUUCGAAACAGCAAAACGUUCUGCUGCUUUUUAAUUGUUGCUCUCUCUCUCCCUCUUUUUUGUAAAUUAAAUGCAAGUUUUUGUUCCACUUAAAUGUGUGUGUGGGGGGGGGGAGGGGGAUAAAGCGUGUCUUGUUGUGUAUCUUGUUUUGGCUGUUUUAUAUAUGAACUCCUGUACAGCAAUAAAGCACAGAUGUGUGGGU